AGCGACUACACAUAUCGCGUUCCAGCUGUUACGUGCAUCAUCGAAGAUCACUAAAGCCUUCCACUGCCCCGGCCAGCAUUUCAACACAAACUUCGCUCGGCAGGCAUCGAAAAGGGGCUUCUCCUCUUGGCGUCAUCCCUUCAAACACUCCCCCCGCCCCCUGACGGUUUUGGUCAACCCGCGUAAGUCUCCCGAGAGCCCGAACGUUAGCGCUAGCGCCUUCACCAAGUUCCUGCCUUCGCUGCAACAUUUCAUCGGGGGAUGCGACCGGAACAAGUGCAAUAAGCAGUUCCAGAAAAUUUCCGUCUCAACAAUCACGACUCAAACCAGCGAUUUCGACGCUACAUAGACCUCCGCCAUGGCUGACGCCUUUGCCCCGCGCUCCAUGAAGCGCAAAAAUGUCAAAGGGCUCGCCUUGAAGGCACCCGCUCCGAAACCCCCUCCGACGGCCGAGAGUGCCGCCCGUAUGGGCGCCGGAAAUGGAAGGGGAGAUGAUAACACCGCGCAGCUGGAAAUCGGGAUUGAGUUCAACCUGGAUCUGAAGCCCGAGGAUCUUGAGAUCAUCAGGGAUCUAGGUGCUGGGAAUGGUGGGACUGUCAGCAAAGUCAGGCACAUCCCGACCAACACGGUCAUGGCGCGGAAGAUCAUCCAUGUCGAGGCGAAGAAGGAGAUGCGGAAGCGCAUAGUCAGGGAGUUGCAGAUCAUGCAUGGAUGCCAUUCCGACUACAUCGUUACCUUCUACGGGGCUUUCCUUAACGAGAACAACGACGUAAUCAUGUGCAUGGAGUACAUGGACGUUGGCUCUCUCGACCGCAUUUCAAGGGUAUUCGGUCCUGUCCGCGUAGAUGUCCUGGGCAAGAUAGCCGAAGCGACUCUGGGCGGCCUCACAUAUCUCUAUUCGAAGCAUCAUAUCAUGCACCGCGACAUCAAGCCUUCUAAUAUCCUCGUCAACUCACGGGGUUCCAUCAAGCUCUGCGACUUUGGCGUCUCGGGAGAGCUCAUCAACUCCGUUGCCGACACCUUCGUGGGCACCUCCACAUACAUGGCUCCGGAGCGGAUCCAAGGCGAGAGGUAUACGGUGAAGUCGGAUGUGUGGAGCUUUGGCCUUACCAUCAUGGAACUAGCUAUCGGCAAAUUCCCAUUUGCCGCGAGCGAGCAGUUGUCAGAUGCGGAGAGUGCACCAGCCGGUAUCCUCGAUCUGCUACAGCAAAUCGUGCAUGAGCCGGCGCCUCGACUGCCUAAGAGCGAUGCCUUCCCGCAGAUCCUCGAAGACAUGAUCCAGAAAUGUCUUUACAAGGAGCCUGAGCGGCGGCCAACGCCGCAGGAGCUUUAUGAUCACGACCUCUUCGUACAGGCUGCCAAAAGAACCCCCGUUGACCUGAGAGAGUGGGCAUGCAGCUUGAUGGACAGGGACAACCGCAAAUCUCACCUGGCCCCUCAGCCUUCGCCCGCGACUCAGGAACUCCUGCGUUCCAGUGACUCCCCCACAUACGCGACCCAGCAGACACCAACAGCAUCAUACCGGGUCGACCCACGGCAGGCGGCCGACCACGCCAAUCUAGCAGCCCAGGUGGAUCGCCUGUACAUCCGCGAAUGGGACCACGAAUGACUUUGGCAACCUAUUCUUGGACAAGCUACAACGAAUCGCGGCUAGAAUUGUAGAAGUCACUUUCGGCUCUGGAGUCUAAAGGCAUGACCGCCAUUUUGGUCCCGAUACCAGCAAGCGCCUCGCGACGCCCAGAAACGCGUCUUUUACAAACGCUGGCGGGAGGACCAACAGGAGAGACAAAAAUGGAUGACUUCCCCGCGACGUCGCCCUCCCAUUGUGCGGUCAUCGAUUUUUCCACUUGGGGCCUGGUAUGAAGAACCAUCGUUUAUUUUUGCUUGGGUUCUCUUCGCUUUGCAAGCUUAGCGCUGCAUCUUCUCGACAGGGGUCACCUCGUGUUAGCAACCAGCAUUUACGGGCGUCAAGCUCCGUCCUGCUCUCUCGUCUCUCUACUCCUCUGACAGGUCUGUCUAAGCAAGAAAGAUGACGUUCGCGCUGGGGACCGCGUGCUAUAUUUGCGUGGCAACAACAAGGCGAGCGUCGCUGCUGGCCAGCGCGGCUGUGCAGACCUAGGAUAUGCGUUGGGUUUUCCUUUCUGUGACUAGUAGAGCCAGCGUGUUUGUGGUCUUCGUAGAGCAUAUAGUCAACCAUCUACGCUAUACAUACGUGGACCGACCUUGGAGGGUACAAGGGGUUAUGUGUCUGUCAAGUCUUGGUAUUCUGAUUAGAGCGAUCCGUUUUCAAGGACAUCGAUCAGCUCAUCUAGCCGUGUUAUUGCCAGAUCGGUGUGCUCAUGGUCAGCUAGAUGGCGGUUGACAUCGUUCACAAGCAAAACGGUCUUGGCUCCCGCUCUCCGACCUGCCGUGAUAUCAUCAAUGCUGUCA